GAACAAAUGGAAGUUGGUACCCUCCUUCCACCGUGUAGGUCCCAGGGAUGGAAUUCAGAUCUCCAGACUUGGUGCCAGGUGCCUUUACUGAGCCAUCUCGUCGUCCUCCAGUUCUUGAUAAUUAGACACCAAAAAAAGGAAACCAUCGGCAUUAUUUAUUUCAAUAUUUGACUCCUGAAACCCAGAACAGAAAGAGGGUGUAUCAUUUUAUACGGAGAAUGGAAAGUCAGGAGGCUUGCGAAACGUGAUUCGGUUGCUUCCAUGGAAUAUUGUCAGACCAAUAGGAGCUGGUGAAGAACUUUUAUGGACAGUAUAAAUAAUUUGAGCCUUAGACAUCAUGACCAGUUGAUAUUUUCUUUCCUGAGGACCAGCUGUUCAAGAGCAUCCCGGAACAGAGCCAGGCACAGUUGAGACUCGGCUGGGACUUGGCACCACGGCGGCGGAUUCCUCUGCAGCGAUGUCGGUGUUAGAAGAGAGCCGGCCGUUUGCUCAACAGCUCUCCAAUGUCUAUUUUACCAUACUCUCCCUUUUCUGUUUUAAACUUUUUGUGAAAAUCAGCCUCGCCAUCCUCAGUCAUUUCUACAUCGUGAAAGGCAACCGAAAGGAGGCCGCGAGGAUAGCAGCUGAAUUUUAUGGAGUAACCCAAGGACAAGGCUCGUGGGCAGAUCGAUCACCACUGCAUGAAGCUGCAAGUCAAGGUCGCCUUCUUGCUCUGAGGACAUUGUUAUCACAAGGUUAUAAUGUAAAUGCGGUAACCAUAGACCAUGUCACCCCACUCCAUGAGGCCUGCCUGGGUGAUCACGUGGCAUGUGCAAGGACUCUUCUGGAAGCUGGAGCUAAUGCAAAUGCGAUCACGAUAGACGGUGUGACUCCCUUAUUCAACGCAUGCUCACAAGGCAGUGCAAGCUGUGCGGAACUUCUUUUGGAAUAUGGCGCCAAAGCACAGCUGGAGUCCUGUUUCCCAUCUCCAACACAUGAGGCUUCGAGUAAAGGUCACCAUGAAUGUCUGGACAUUUUGAUAUCCUGGGGCAUAGAUGUUGACCAAGAUAUUCCUCACUUGGGAACUCCUCUUUAUGUAGCUUGUAUGUCCCAACAGUUCCACUGCAUCUGGAAGCUUCUUUAUGCUGGUGCUGAUGUACACAAAGGCAAGUAUUGGGACACUCCACUCCAUGCUGCUGCUCAGCAACCCAGUACUGAAAUUGUGAACUUAUUGCUAGAAUUCGGAGCAGAUAUCAAUGCCAAGAACACAGAACUUUUGAGGCCUAUUGAUGUGGCUACAUCCAACAGUGCUGUAGAAAGAGUACUUCUUCAACAUGAAGCGACCCCAAGUUCUCUUUGCCAACUCUGCCGACUGUGCAUCCGCAACUACAUAGGAAGACAGCGGUUCCAUCUCAUCCCCCAGCUCCAGUUACCAACAUUGCUGCAGAAUUUCUUACAGUAUCGAUAACACAGUAAAUAGUUUUACAUUCUUUGAAAAUCAAA